CCACGGCAGCUCUGGAGUCGGGGGCGGGGCGCUGGCGCCUGUGUGGAGCCUCGGGGCAGCGCGCCUGGCCAGUGACGGCCAUUGGGCCUCCGCAGGGGCUGCGGAGAAGAGCUCCAAGCACGGGGCCGAGGACCGGACGCAGAACAUCAUCAUGGUGCUCAAAGACCGCAUGAAGAUCCGGGAGCGCAACAAGCCCGAGAUCUUCGAGCUCAUCCAGGAGAUCUUCGCUGUGACCAGGACGGCGCACACGCAGCAGAUGAAGGCCGUCAAGCAGAGCGUGCUGGACGGCACGUCCAAGUGGUCGGCCAAGAUCAGCAUCACCGUGGUCUGUGCCCAGGGCUUGCAGGCAAAGGACAAGACAGGAUCCAGUGACCCUUACGUCACAGUCCAGGUCGGGAAGACCAAGAAACGCACGAAAACCAUCUACGGGAACCUCAAUCCCGUGUGGGAAGAGAAUUUCCACUUUGAAUGUCACAACUCGUCUGACCGCAUCAAGGUGCGUGUCUGGGAUGAGGACGAUGACAUCAAAUCCCGCGUGAAGCAGAGGUUCAAGAGGGAAUCUGACGACUUCCUGGGGCAGACGAUCAUCGAGGUGCGGACGCUCAGCGGCGAGAUGGACGUGUGGUACAACCUGGACAAGCGAACCGACAAAUCUGCAGUGUCAGGUGCCAUCCGAUUACACAUCAGCGUAGAGAUCAAAGGCGAGGAGAAGGUGGCCCCCUACCACGUCCAGUACACGUGCCUGCAUGAGAAUCUGUUCCACUUUGUGACGGACGUGCAGAACAACGGAGUCGUGAAGAUCCCGGAUGCCAAGGGCGAUGACGCCUGGAAGGUUUACUAUGAUGAGACAGCUCAGGAAAUUGUGGACGAGUUUGCCAUGCGCUACGGCGUCGAGUCCAUCUACCAAGCCAUGACCCACUUUGCCUGCCUCUCCUCCAAGUACAUGUGCCCCGGCGUGCCCGCCGUCAUGAGCACCCUUCUUGCCAACAUCAACGCCUACUAUGCACACACCACCGCCUCCACCAAUGUGUCUGCCUCCGACCGCUUUGCCGCCUCCAACUUUGGGAAAGAGCGCUUUGUGAAACUCCUGGACCAGCUGCAUAACUCCCUGCGAAUCGACCUCUCCAUGUACCGGAAUAACUUCCCAGCCAGCAGCCCGGAGAGACUCCAGGACCUUAAAUCCACCGUGGACCUUCUCACCAGCAUCACCUUCUUUCGGAUGAAGGUACAGGAACUCCAGAGCCCACCCCGCGCCAGCCAGGUGGUGAAGGAUUGCGUGAAAGCCUGCCUCAACUCAACUUACGAGUACAUCUUUAACAACUGUCAUGAACUCUACAGCCGGGAGUACCAGACAGACCCGGCCAAGAAGGGGGAAGUUCCCCCAGAGGAACAGGGCCCCAGCAUCAAGAACCUCGACUUCUGGUCCAAGCUGAUCACCCUCAUAGUGUCCAUCAUCGAGGAGGACAGGAAUUCCUACACUCCCUGCCUCAACCAGUUUCCCCAGGAGCUGAAUGUGGGUAAAAUCAGUGCCGAAGUGAUGUGGAAUCUGUUUGCACAAGACAUGAAGUAUGCCAUGGAGGAGCACGACAAACAUCGUCUCUGCAAGAGUGCCGACUACAUGAACCUCCACUUCAAGGUCAAGUGGCUCUACAACGAGUAUGUGGCAGAGCUUCCUGCCUUCAAGGACCGUGUGCCCGAGUACCCCGC